UUGAUAAAAUGUUAAGACAUCAUUCAAACAGUUUUCAGAGUGUUUUCUAUCCAAAUCUACCAAUACUACGCAUAUCUUAGCUUCUGGGACUGAGUAGCAGGCAGUUUCCUCCAUAAGAUGUUUAAAAAGGAUUUGUCAGAAGAUUGUCGGCUUGAUUCAUGAUGAUGACUGCUAGAUCAAAUUUUGAAAGCAUGAUGUUGACAUGAUCACUACAAUCAAAGCUACUGUAGAUAUAACGUGAUUUGAUGUCAUUUUAUCUGUGGCCAAUGACCUUGAGCCUUCUUGGAUGAGCACUUCUAAUGUAACGCUAUGGCAGCACCCAAGGGGCUUGAAUAUUCAAGCUCUACCCUAGACUUGGCGGUAACGUGGUGUCCCCAUGGGUGACAGAACACUGAGCCAAUCACGGCGAAACUAGAGAACAUUACCAACUCCUGGCUGACCCACCACCACAGAAAGCACUGAGCUAAGCUGAAAUACCUGAAUUGGAAUUUUGUGGGUCCCAGUAUGUGAGGUAUGAUUGUAGCCAAGAGAGUGCAUUGCCCUCAACACCCAGACCCUGAUGGAAUGUGAGAUGCAUUGAUUCAUGGUUUAAUCACACUGCAAGUGUAGCUUACAUCUGUGCCAUGCAGACUGUAUGUCAUGCUGACUGUCUAUGCCUGUCUCUCUGUGCCUCUGUCUGUGUGUGUGCUGUGUUGACUGUGUGUCAUGCAGACAUGAUGCGUGAUGAGAUGCUGAGGUUUGCGCUGCAGAGGAGGGGGCCACUGCAACCGGCGGGGAACGUGUUUGUGUGGAUAGAAGGUCUGUUGCGCCGCUCGCUACCAGACGACGCCCACAUCCGGGCCAGUGGACGCCUCGCCGUCGUCAUGACGCGCAUCCCAGAUGGACAGAAUACUGUGGUGUCAGAGUUCACAUCCCGAGAGGACGUUGUGCAGGCUCUGUUGUGCAGCUGCUUUAUCCCUGGGUACCAUGGUAUACAGCCACCGUCUUACAAAGGAGUGCAUUAUGUGGACGGUGGUUUGUCCAGUAUCCAGCCAACUCACUCCUCUCCCUAUGCACACACCCUCACUGUGUCACCAUUCGCUGGAGAGGCGGACAUCUGUCCACCAGACCCUGGCUCCAUGUAUGUCAUCGUCAUGAGCGGCAUGCCCCUCAACUGCAGUGUGGCCAACGUUUACCGGAUCCUUGAAGCCCUCUACCCCUACAACUGGGAGGCUUUGGACAAGGCCUACCACAGUGGAUACAGCGAUGGCCUUCACUUUCUACACACCAGUGACCUGGUCCCAUGUCUGCCUCUUCUGAACACUCCAUCAGAGCAUCAGUCCUCUCCUCCUGACGGUUGGACAGAUCUGGAAACAGACUGGGAGGAGGCGAAGGAUGUGGAAGAAGAGAAGGAACAAAUAGAGACGAGGCAGGAAAAGAUUAAGAGAGAGGAGAAAACGAAGGAGGAGAAGGAGGAAGAGGAGGAGGAAGGGGAAGAUGAGGAGGAGGAAGAAGAGGAGGAGGAAGAGGAGUGGUCCUCCCUGACAGAGACCAGAGGUGAUCAGAGAAAUUACUCUCUUGAAGGGGGAGAUCUACCCUGGAAUCUGACAACCCCAGAGCUGGCCAUGUAUCUAGCCUUGCCCACCUGGAUACACACAGCGUUGAUAUGCAACAUCAUGGGGUUGCUGUGGACCCACACCCCAAUGCGUGGGAUGUCAUACAUGCUCCUCCCCUUCACCCUGCCACUCAGCUUCAUCCUUGGAAACGUGCAUAGGCUGGUUGUACUAGGGUUCUGGAUGUGGCAGGACCUACGACAGAUCACCUUCUUUAUCAUCAACACCCUGGUCUCCAGCCUCCACAGAAACCUAGAAGACAGAAACCUACAAGACAGAUAGACAGACAGACCUGGACUACAGGAAAGGUGAGAGCUGGGCUGCGAUCUACACAAAACAGUCUGUUCUACACAGUACAUUUCUAUCAGCAUUUUCUUUGUGUUUCUGUGUGUCAGAACCACAUGUAUAUGUUUAUAUGAAGUGUGUUUUCCUGUGUGUGUGAUGUGUGAAUGUUCUCAGGGUACUUCCUCCUCUCCUCCUCUGGCUCCUGCUGCUGUUGCUGAUGAUGAUGAUGAUGAUUGUCACACCCUGAUCAGUUUCACCAGUCCUUGUUAUUGUCUCCACCCCCCUCCAGGCGUCUCUUGUUUUCCCAGUGUAUUUAUCCCUGUGUUUCCUGUCUCUCUGGGCCAGUUCGUCUUGUAUGUCCAAUUCAACCAGUGUUUUUUCCCGUUCUCCUAUUCUCCUUUGUCUAGUCCUCCCAGUUUUGACCCUUGCCUGUUUCUGGACUCUGUUCCUGCCUUUCCAUACUGCCUACCACUCUGUACCUCCUGGACUCUGAACUGGUUUUGACCUUUUGCCUGUCCACGACCAUUCUCUUGCCUACUUCUUUUUGGGUUA